UCUUCACUCUGAUGCAUCUUCUUGUUGGCUCUACACCUCAAUCUAAAGCCCUAUCAUAUUCUUCUUCGGACUUCAUAUCUAAGGUACUUGACUAGUGUUUUUCCAGCAAUGUCUCUACAUAACAGAGUAAUUGUUAGGACUGUAGCCAUCACGGCUGCAAUAACCCUAGUUUUUACUGCCAUCUUAUUUUUCUACUACAAAUUUUAUUAUGCUCGACGGCGAGCAAAUAAUAAGGUGAAGGGCAGUUUUCGCCGAGAAGAGGUUAUGAUGACCCGUGAAGAGUUCAAGCAACCUAGCAGAAAUGUCAAGGAACUGAGUGGUUAUGGAAAUGGGAGGGAUGCUGUUAGUAUGAGGAAACUAGAAGAUGGUCAACUUAAGAACAAUUUUCCAAAGUUUGUGUUUAAUCCGAGUUACAAAGAAGAUGAAGAUGAGGAAGAAGCAGAAGAGAAAAGAGUAGACGCGGAAGAAGAGAAGCACGAAAAGUUUGAAUCACGGGAAGCUCCAUUGCUUCAUGAAACAUCAUCAGAUCAGAUAGUUUUGGAUAACAUGGGGAAACCAUUUCUGCAGAAUCCCAUUUUACCAGCUCCAGUUUCGGUAUUACAAAUGCAACAUAGGCUGCCACCACGUCCACAAGCCUCAUUUAGACAAACUCCACCCAUGGUUCCAAAAAAGUUAAUCCCCUUAUCACAGCUUCCUCCACAACCUAGUCCAACAAAAAAUAGCAUCACAGCCAGACCACUGCCACCACAAUAUCCUCCUCCUCCUCCUUCUCUGCCACCUCCACCACCACCUCUCCCUGCAAAACCAAGAUCUACCCUGCCACCACCAGUGCUUGCUGGUGGUUGGAAUUCAUCACGACGAACCCAAGCUGGACCUACAGGGAGGGCAACAAAAAAAAUAGAAGAAACGUCCAGGGAGGAAAGCUCAAAGCCUACUAUGGCUGGGCAAACGAAGCUGAAACCGCUGCAUUGGGACAAGGUCACGGCGGAUGUUGAUCAUUCCACGGUCUGGGAUGAAAUUAAUGACGGGUCACUCAGAUUCGAUGAUGAACUUAUGGAAAAUCUAUUUGGAUACUCUACUACCAACACCCAAUCUUACGAAAGAAGCAACCUUUUCUCAGCUUUCAGCAAAAUGAACUCAGGCCCUCCAACUCAAAUUUUCUUACUGGAUCCCAGAAAAUCACAGAACACUGCAAUAGUUCUAAGAUCACUAGCCAUUUCCCGCAGAGAAAUUAUAGAUGCACUCAUUGAUGGCCAGGAGCUCGCCACGGACACCCUCGAAAAGCUUACUAAAAUCUCUCCAACCCAAGAGGAAGCAGCCAAAAUUUUGCAAUUCAGUGGCAACCAAAGUAGACUUGCAGACGCAGAGUCUUUCCUCUACCACAUUCUCAAAGUUGUUCCUUCCGCAUUCACCCGAUUUGACGCUAUGUUUUUCAAAGCAAACUACGACCCAGAAAUCCUUCACUUCAAGGAGUCUCUCCAAACUCUUGAACUAGGUUGUAAGGAACUAAGAGCUCGAGGCCUCUUCCUUAAACUCCUGGAAGCCAUUCUCAAAGCUGGCAACCGAAUGAAUGCCGGCACUGCCAGAGGCAAUGCCCAAGGUUUCAACCUCAACGCUCUUAAAAAGCUCUCAGAUAUCAGAAGCAACGAUGGAAAGACCACUUUGCUCCACUUCGUUGUGGAGCAAGUAGCUCGAUCAGAAGGCAAACGCAGCGUAACUAACCGAAAUCAAAUCCUAAUUAGCAAAAGAACCAAUACCCAAAAACCCCAUAUAGCCAUUGUUUCAAAUUUUGAUAAUGCCACAGCAGAAGAGAGGGAAAAAGAGUACCUUUUGUUAGGGUUGCCAUUGUUGGAAUCCCUAAGUAGUGAACUCUCCAAUGUGAAGAAAGCAGCCACAGUAGAAUGCGACAGCUUCGUCAAUGUUUGCAGCUCCCUCGGAGGCCGAGUCUCGGAUAUUCGAAAACGACUUUCGUUUUGCACAAACGACGAGGACAAGUGUUGGUUCGCUAGAGAAAUGAAAGGGUUCUUAGAGGAAUGCGAGGAGGAGAUCAAGGUUGUCAGAGAGGAACAAAUUAGGGUUUUGGAGCUGGUGAAGAAGACGACAGAGUACUAUUACCAAGCGGGAGCUUCGAAAGUAAAAGGGGUUCAAAACCCAUUUGGGCUUUUCGUUAUCGUGAAGGAUUUUCUCGACAUGAUCGAUCAGGUCUGCGUAGAAACUUCUCGAAGGGUUCAAAAGAAAAACGCAACGAAGAACAGUACGGCGGGUUCGUUAUCGCCUCCGCUGUCGCCGCCAUCGACGUUGACUACGAACAAAUUUCAGAACUUCCAAUCGAAUUUCAUGUCGGAUAUGUCUAUGACAUCUUCAAGUAGUGAUUCGGAAGACGAUUUCUGAAGCAGAGUCCACGAAUGUAAUGUAUAAUGGCCCCUCUGGCUAAGCUUCUUGGAUGAUAAAAAAAAAAUUAUUUGGGUAAAA